AUGUAUUGGAGUGCAUGUGAAGUAAUUCAUGAAAAUAUAGUGUUAUGGAUAAUUUCUUCAAAAGAAAUUUCAAUCAAUGAAUCACAAUUAUCUUGUAUGCGAUCUCUAAGAGGAUUUGAUAAUAAGUAUAUACUGUCAAAUUGUCGAUUGGCAAAAUUAUCCGGGGGGAACAAAGUGCUACGCGUGACCCAGCAUUCAAUGGACCAAAAAGAAAUCCAGUCGAUGGAAGGAAAUGACGAUAGUGCAUUAGUAGCACCAGAAAAAACGGAUAUGCCUGGUAACAUGGUCAAAUCAAGUACAUCUGCGCAAACAAUGCAAAAAGAACCGGAACCGUUACCUAAUAAAAGCAAUAUUAAUAGUGAUACGGUCAAAAAAGAAGAUGCGAUUAUUUCGGUAGUCACUACCACUACAAUAGCUAAUCCGAUAGUGAUAAACGCAACUCGGCCUAAAAAAGAUAUAAUACCUACAAAAUCACUUGAUUUGGAAGAUCAACGUAAAGAUGCGGAGCACAUUUUGAACUUUAACAAAGAGAAAAACGUACUAAAUGAUUUGGAACUUACAAAGAAUUUAGUUAUAAGAUCCAUCGACGACUUUAUAUUCGAUUUAAAAAAUUACGAUAAAAUGGAAUUAAAAACCUCUCACCGGCCGGAGGUUCAGAAAACCCAUAGGGAAGGCGUUCGAAUGAAUGCUACAGCUUUAAGAAGAGAAAUGCAUAUUAAAAACAAAGAUAUAAUAUCUACAAAAUCACAUGAUACGGAGGAUCAACGUGAAGAAAUGGAGUUGGUACCUGAGAAUUUUGAAUCGGUUUUUAAUCUAAUGCAACCUUUAGAUAAAAAUAAUAAAGAGAAAAACAUACUAAAUGAUUUGGAACAGACAAAUGAUAUGGUUAUAAGCCCCAAAGACAGUAUUAUAUCCGAUUUGAUAAACAAAGAUAAAGUGGAGGUUAAAACAUCUCAACGGCCAUCUGUAAAGAAAACCCACAGAGAAGGAGUUCGAAUGAAUGCCACAGCUUUAAGAAGAGAAAUGCAUAUUAAAAACAGACAACAAAAAAAUAAUGAGAACCCAGAUAAAAAUGUGCAUACAUUUUAAAUUUCUUUCUUACAGAGUUGUGUGUGUGUACAUAUUGGUCAUAAUUCAUAAUAUAAU